CCCGGCCUUAGUUGGCGUCACCGUUGUUUGGCAGUCGUUGGCCAACUUUGCCAGGCACUCUGCUCAUUCGUCAUGGCAUCGGAUGGUCCGGACCCUCAGAGCCUGGAAUCAUGGCAGGAUGCAUUCCAGUAUCCAAUUCCAACUGUGCGCCGCGUGGAGCAGGAGCUCCGGCGGGACAUUGCGAGCAAUAAGGAGAAGCUUCGUGCUCUUGUUGGAACACGUUAUAGAGAGCUCGUGGGGACCGCCGAGAAGAUCGUAUCUAUGAAUCGCGAAAUGGGGGAAGUGGAUUCGACAUUGGCCGACAUAGGACGAAGGUGUAACCCGCGGCUGAUGGAAAAGACAUACGCCCAGGUCCAAGCAGUUGCUUCAAAUAAGGAUCUCCCCGAACGAGCUCUCACAGGCCAGGUUGCCUUACUUCAUCGCUCUGCGCUCUCCAUCUCGAGGCUUCUUCGAAGACGAGGUCCGCUCCUACUCGUCGCAAAGCUCAUGGUGAUUUCUCGACUACUUCAUAAGACUCUUUCACAACAAGCGACAGUGCCACCCUUCGUGGAGAACCUUCGCAAUCAACUAGCUUCCCUACGACGAACUCUGCUGAGAAGAGUCGAUAAGCGCCUUGCUCCUGCCAAGUCAACACCGGACGAGAUUAUUGAAGCUUUAGCUGCAUAUUGCCUAGCGACCAGCUCUUCCUCAGACGACGCUAUACGGUACUUCCAUCAAAUACGACUAGACGCCAUCGGGGGCCAGCUUGAUCUUAUCGACCCUUCAGGCGAGAAUAUUCUGAACAGCUUGCGCCUCUAUAUUCGAACCUUACAGACUUCCAAGAUCCUGCUUUCGCGACGUCUGUCCGACGUUCUGAAUAAGUUGAAGGCGCGGCCGCUUUUUACAGACCCAGAGAUUUGCGGCUUGGACGAUCUCGAUCUCGGCGUCCUAGGGCGCUGGGUGACUUCAGACGUCAGCAAUUUCACACCUUGGAUCAAACUGAGCGAAUUGUCUAAGACAGAAAUCGAUAACAUCAUCAAGCAAUGGUCUAAACCGGCUUUCGAAAAGCUUAUGCAAGGGUCACGUGAAUCACUAAAGAACUGGUCGGAUUUCACCAAACUCCUUGACCUGCGCCAACAAGUAUUGGAAUUCUGGCUAGGCUCUCGGAGCUCAACACCUGUGCACUCUUCUUUGCAGGUCUUGGAGGGCAUCAGGUCCGUGUUCAACGACCAGCUGACAAGCAUACUAGUAGACAAAGCUAAAGACUUGGAUGAGUUCGGCCGAAUCGUUGCGUCUACUAUCUCGGGGUGGAGCGAUCGGGAUCACACACACUCUCAGUCACUUUGGGACGAAAAUAUCAUAUCAACUGACUACUCAGAUGGCUCUGCUCUUUUCAAAAAAGCCGUUUUGGAUAGGCUCUUGGGACGCGACGAGGACGUGGCUCUCUCUUUCGGGAAGUACCAAGCUUGGCUUCUGUCAGUGGAUAAGUCCAAACAUUCUAUUGAUGACUUACGCCAGAUACGAUGGUCUGAUUCUCUCGAUGAAGGCGAAGACCAAGAUCUAGACGUGGGCAUAUCGGCUAUCUUGACCGAUGAUGAUCCACGGUUGCUGCGGGAGGCUCUCAAGACUGCCAUCGAACAGGCAUUCGAAAAUCUCGAUAAGUCAUUCGGCCAAAUCUUCAGAACGCUCGAAAGACCUGGUCUGAAUGAGAAGACUGCAUUCAUGCUCAAGCUCAUUAGGCUGACUCGGAGAGAGCUUCCAGUCGACUUUGUAUCGGCGGACUACGCAUUCGCCGAUGGUAUUAUUUCUCAGUUGCAAUUGAUUCUUGCUUCCCAAAUAGCGACGGAUACACGGCCUUGGAAACCGCCAAGUGUUUCGGAUGGCAAGCCUCGAAACGUUCCAGGCCGGUCACUAUGGGAAGGUGACCCUGCCAUCCCGAUGCAACCAUCACCGUCUGCGUUCAAAUUCUUGCGCCGGCUAGUGAAGUCAAUGAACCAAUAUGGACCUGGGCUUUGGGACGCUUCCACUGUUCAGUCCCUUAAGAGGACUUUGCAGACAGAAGUCGUCAAUCCUAUCGCUUCCACGUUUGACGGGUUGAAGUCGCCCCUCCAUGCCGAAAACACUAUUGACCCUCAAACCGAAGUCACCAAAGGCGAACCACCGGUCGAGAAUGGGAAUGGAAGCCAAGCGCAAAAGCCACAGACCGAGGCCAAGACGAAUGAUUCUGACUUAAUUCAGCACACGCACGACCACAUGGUUCAACUAUAUUUUGACGCCUUGUACUUCAAAACUGCGUUUGCAGUUGACGACUCGGAAACGAACCACUUGGAUGGCGUGCUGGGCAGAAUCCGCGAAGAACUUAAACCCCAAGUGCAAAUUACCAAAAAGAUUGAUCAGGCGGUCCGUGAGCACUGGAAGCGGUCUCAUCUUCUCUUCGGUCUUCUCACGGGUGUUAUCGAGCAAUAAGGUAGGAGCUUCGAAUCUAGUAUCCCUGUAUAUAGAACCAUCACUUAGAAGCUGCACAAAUGGCG